UGUACUGCUGUUGGUGUUAUUGGCACGGACAUUUGCGGAGGAUUCAGCGAACAGCAUUUUACACCGACAGCAAGACGAUCAUGGAAACUAUGAAUUCGGCUUCAACAUCGAUGGCAUGGCAUGGGACCAGUUCCAACAAGAAUCAGGUGACGCACUCGGACGCAAGACGGGUGCUUAUGGCUUCCGCGAUACUGAUGGUCGCCUCAGGCUUGUCGAAUACGUGGCCGAUGAACUUGGAUUUCGUGUAAAAGUGCAGACGAAUGAGCCUGGAACACGAGAUACUGCCAUGCCCUCGGUCGUCAUUGACAGUGCCACCCCUGCCUCCAGCGUGGUUCCCGAUGUCCAAGCAUCGGCGUCACCUUCGACGCCCUCGGAGAGCACUCGCGAGCCAAUCGUGUCUCCACCACCUGCACGUCUCCUACGAAGACUUUCACCCUUACCACCACUUCUGCCUCGCAGUUUGGCUGCCAGCAUGGCAGCCAAGACUUCCUCUGCUAGUGAGCCGAAGACGAAAGUAGAGAGGAGCUCCGACCAUAAAUUGCAUGCACAGGAACCACAACGAGAACAAGUAUCAGCAUCUCUAAGGCUACCGCCUUCCAAACGCCUCGCCCGAAAAUUCGAAACACCGUUGUUGCCCACGGGAGCUGUGAAGAUGGACUCUCACCCUGCUCUCCGUCAGUACAGCCCUAAUAUAUUUCAACUAGGUCGUCCUGUAUACUUAGGACAUUCUGCUCCCGCACCUUAUCUUCAGAACCAUCCUUCACUAUACUACCAUUCGCCAUACGGUCCAUCGCUGAAGGCGUGCCGUAUGCCACACCGCCUUUACCGAUGGACAAUCGAGCCAAGGGUGCUGCACUGGUAACAAAAGAAGUAAAUGGCAAACUAGUGCCUCAAGUGGCCCUAAUCAGAGCCGAUGGUACAUUAUCAACUGACGAACCUUAUCCAGCCCGUGGGUACCCUCAGCAACCCACACAACAGCCUCCACCGCAUCCUAACGCAUUCCAUCAGGCAGCGUUACCGGUUUCUGGGACGCAAUCAUUCACAAAUCAGAACACCCCAAACGUCGGAAACAUAUUUCCUAUUAACACAGUGCACCCAGCGAGCUUGGGAUUUCCCGCUCAUCCAUUCCCACUUUACUCUCCAGGUGGCUACUACGGGCACAGUGGUGCAUCGGCGCUGCCUUCCCAACAGCCGCAGCAACUUCCACCUUCAGUUCCUGGCUACCAACCACUUGCGCAAGGCCUCACAGUAAACUACUUCCUAACAAACUCACUUCCGCUCACCGGGCGACCAGGACAACCUGGGCUAGCAGUUCCCCCGCAGUCGCUUCCAAUUGGACAACCAUAUCUUCCACGAAUUCACCGGUCCCGCGUCAUCAAUCCAGUGUACCUAUCUCACGCCAAAAUUCAGCUCAUUUGCGCGAAAAACCCGCAGCCCCGCUGCAGUCCCCGCCCACAGCACCAUCAUUUCCUGAUGCGCCGCAGGUUUAUGGCCAGAGACUGUAUCCGCAAGCCCGCCAUAGUAUUGACUUGCCGGGUGCCAUAACCUACCACGGUUCACCUGCCACGACUGCACUUCAGAACGAGCACGUGGCAUCGCCUACGCUUGCUCUGCAGGACGACCACGCACGUCGUCUACACAUUUCAUACGCUCAGCAGCGGCAGCACGAAGGACUUCCAGUGGUUUGAGGAAAAGUUUUCUGUCGACAUUGUACAGACUGGUACGGCACUAAUGCUUUUCUCCAAUCAUGAGAACGAGACCAGUAUCCUAGCUAGAAUAGGCCUUUUCUGGAAGUCGUUGCCUUUAGUGCCACACAGUGUGCAAUCACAUUUCAGCUGUUUGCCCUGUAAACAGCAGAAAACAUGUGCAACAUUUCGCGCAAGUCACUGAGCAGUUAUUACAUUUUAAUAGGCUGUAUUUAUGCGGGUACUAUGGGCAUCAAACGGAAGACGAACAGCGACAAGCAUUAACAGUGAUUUAGUGCGCUUCAUCCGGUCAUUACCGUAGACAUUCGCACAACUGCCAAGCACAAAAGCUUCAUACCUAUGAAUGGUGAAGACUGCAUGGCGCACACAAUACAAAUUUUAUGCUUACUGGAGUUGUAGUUUUCCUUGACACCGAGCGUGCUUUAUUACGUGCUUAUCACGUCUACAGUGCUUUAUCACGUAUUCCUCUGUUUUACUCUUGGUUGGAGGGAAAUAUGCUGAAGCCGAAAAGCGCUAGCUUAGCUAGAGUAUGCUUGUGCUUAGUAAUCAUAUAGUGCCCCUCCCAUUUGCGCACACAAUAUUUAUUAUAUAACAGUAUCACCAUGCGCGCACGUUUUUUUAGCGUGAGUGGGCCUUAUUCAUUGCUCGUGGAUGGAACAGCUGCACAAAACGCCUUAUUAUAUAGUUCGCACAAUACACUGUAUCGUUUAAGAACAAUCAGAAGAUCUCAACGCUGUAGAUUUAUUUCGGUAAUUGAAAAUUCAUGCUGGAUGUGUUUGUGAAACUGCCUAUGAUUAUAGCAGUAAUGUUCUCCCUCAGAUACGCACCAAAUUUCGCAGCGAACAUGCGUCCUUUCCACGUGUUACCCCAUUCUUCCAAAGAUAUAUGUGACUGCUAGUCGUCUGCAGGACACUUUUAAGGUGAGUUCAUUGCUAAACACUGGGGUCCUGAUUGCCAUUGUCGCUGUUUUCCUUCAAAUAGGUUAGAGAAAUGCAAAUUCCCGGGACUUCAAUGAGGACCCGUCUUUCUAACCACGGGACAGGGCUUUUGGUGGGGCAAUCUUUCAUGGUUGUGCUGAUUGCUUCGUGCACAUCAAAGUGCUACAAUUUCAUUUUACGGUAAACCUACGAACAGUCCGCAACGCAAUGCUAAAAAGACCUGGUGCUGUACGUGCUAAGGUAAUGUACAUCCUGUGAAUGACAGUGUUGAAUGUAAAUAAAGGAGACACGUGUUUUGUA